AUGUACGGAAACCCAUGCGUAAUUGUGCAUGCAGGUGCGGGGUAUCAUUCAAAAACCAAAGAAACUGCUUACAAGGAGUUAUGUGGCGAUGCUUGUAGGGUUGCUGUUUCUGUGUUGUCCGAUCGGAGUAAAGGUGCGGUCUGUGCUGUUUCGGCCGCAGUAGCGCAUUUGGAAGACAGUAUACUGACGAAUGCUGGCUUUGGGAGUAAUCUUACCUUUGAUGGCUCCGUUGAAUGUGAUGCUGGCAUCAUGUGUGGGUCAAGUCUGAAGUUCGCUGGGGUCGGAGCCAUAAGCCGCAUUCGGAAUCCUAUUUUUGCUGCCGAAUUACUGCUACAAGAACAGCUGCAUGGCACCUAUACUACAUUGGGUCGUGUACAACCCUGCAUUCUGUUUGGAUCCGGUGCUCGCCGUUGGGUUCUCGCGAGAGAUCCAUCUCGGUUUAGCGAAGUCGAUCUUGCAUCGGAUAAAGCACGUGCUGAUUGGAUAAAGUACAAGCAGUGGUUUUCUGCUGCUGAAGCGAAAAAGCUUGUUGAAAAUGAAACCGUCCAGUGUAAGUUACCUCUUAAACAACGGAGGCUUGCUGAGGGACAAUCGCGUUUGGAUACAGUCGGUGCAGUUUGUGUUGACAAACUUGGCAAUGUUGCUGCUGCAGUCUCUAGUGGUGGCGUCGCUCUGAAACAUGAAGGAAGGAUCGGCCAGGCAUGUAUGUACGGUUGUGGUUGUUGGGCAGAUCAGGAUCUCAGUGGAAGUGCCGUAGGCGUGGUGACUUCAGGCACAGGAGAACAGUUAAUCCGUACCCAACUAGCUCAACGCACAGCAGAGGCCGUCUUAUCCAGUUCGGAUGAUUCAUUACCCGACAUUUUGCGAACUGUUAUCACAAACAACUUUCUUAAUUCACGGCUACUGGCACAGGAUGAGCAUCGUUAUGCCGGCGUGGCAGGCGUUUACAGUUCCUCUAGUGGGUCUUUCCGCAACAUAGAAAUAUUUUUUGGACACACUACUCGGUCUAUGAGCGUUGGUUAUUUCAUCCCAGGAACUAUGAGCUCCCCUAUGCUUAAACGUGCCGCUCGAGAAAUGUCUGGCGAGCCGAUUCAAGAUGCUUCUGGUGAGGAUUCACAAUCGAGCAAUGUUACUUUACGAAAAAGACGUCGACUUGCUAACGCUUCGCAAGUGAGUGUUAAUUUCCACAAAUUCCUUUGUUUAUUUGUGGCACAUAUUUACCAACUAUCUUAUACUUUGAUAUAUUUUUAA